CGCUAUAAAUCCCGUCACACACCCUGCCAUCAUUUUCCCACUCUUGUCGCUUCCUUCCAAUAUCCCGUCGAGCGAGUGAAGGUGGACGGAAUCCCGGCGAGAUGAUGGCUGCCCGAGGCAUCCUCCUCAGAUCCAGCUCCAGCGCCGCCUCCAAGGCUGAGAGUUUAGUAAAAUAUGCAGCAAGUACUGGUCCAAGCUUGCAUGGGCUGCAUAGUUUUUCAGAGGCACCAGCCAGGUAUUUCAGCUCUGAACCGUCUCUUCAGCCUGACUCGACAGAAGAAAUCGGGUUCAAGGGGCAUAGUAUGCUAGCUCCAUUCACAGCUGGAUGGCAGAGCACCGAUGUGCAUCCGCUGGUUAUUGAUAGAUCUGAGGGUGCUUAUGCUUAUGAUAUCAAUGGGAAAAAGUAUAUAGAUGCUCUCGCGGGACUGUGGUGUACAGCUCUAGGUGGUAACGAACCUCGACUUGUGAAAGCCGCAACAGACCAAUUAAACAAAUUACCCUUCUACCAUUCCUUCUGGAAUCGUACUACCAAACCCUCACUGGAUCUUGCAAAUGAUAUUCUGAACAUGUUCACUGCAAGGGAAAUGGGAAAGGUAUUCUUCACAAACAGCGGUUCAGAAGCAAAUGACUCUCAGGUUAAACUAGUGUGGUAUUAUAACAAUGCACUUGGGAGGCCAAAGAAGAAGAAAUUUAUUGCACGCUCUAAAUCAUAUCAUGGUUCAACAUUAAUAGCAGCUAGUCUAUCAGGUCUUCCUGCUCUUCACCAAAAGUUUGAUCUACCGGCACCUUUUGUUCUGCACACAGACUGCCCUCACCACUGGCGCUUCCAUCUUCCUGAUGAAACAGAAGAAGAAUUUUCAACUAGACUGGCAAACAACUUGGAGAAUCUUAUUCUCAAAGAAGGACCGGAAACGAUUGCUGCUUUCAUUGCUGAACCUGUGAUGGGCGCCGGUGGUGUCAUCCCUCCUCCAAAGACUUAUUUUGAGAAGAUUCAAGUGGUGCUGAAGAAGUACGACAUCUUACUAAUAGCAGAUGAGGUCAUUACUGCAUUUGGAAGAUUGGGAACCAUGUUUGGAUGUGAUAUGUACAACAUCAAACCAGAUCUUGUCUCCAUAGCAAAGGCUCUUUCUUCUGCCUACAUGCCUAUUGGAGCUAUUCUUGUUAGCCCAGAGAUAACGGACGUAAUUCAUUCGCAGAGCAAUAAACUUGGUUCUUUUGCUCAUGGCUUUACAUACUCGGGCCAUCCAGUUUCCUGUGCUGUUGCCAUAGAAGCUCUCAAGAUUUAUAAGGAAAGAAAUAUCACCGAACAUGUCAACAAAAUUGCUCCAAGGUUCCAGGAAGGAAUCAAGGCCUUCUCAGGAAGUCCAAUCAUCGGAGAGACACGUGGCUUGGGAUUAAUACUUGGAACUGAAUUCGUCGACAACAAAUCGCCAAACGAUCCAUUUCCCGCAGAAUGGGGGGUUGGUUCGAUAUUUGGUGCCGAGUGCGAGAAGCGUGGGAUGCUCAUCAGGGUUGCUGGAGAUAGCAUUAUGCUGUCACCACCGCUGAUAAUGACUCCUGGUGAAGUUGAAGAAAUUGUGAGCAAAUAUGGUGAAGCCCUGAAGGGCACAGAGGAAAGAAUCGCAGAGCUCAAAUCCCAGAAGAGCUAAACAGUGUCGAUCUACUGUAGGUCUGUAGCGAUGAAUGGUGAUUGAGACGACAAUGUACAGAAUAACUUGGAACAGUUAGAUGACAUCAUAUUGCAAUAAAAGCCUGAACCUUUUUCUCUACUUA